AACUUAUUAUUCCCUUUGCUUUCAUUUCUAGCUAAUCACAAUAGCUUCAACCUUUAUUCACAUGGCUUCAUCAGUAGUCACUAUUUCGUCAUCAAAGCCCCAAGAGCUUCAAGCAUCUCAUAUUUCAAGCGUUAAAGCUUUCAUUGAAUCAAACAACGCCAUUUCAAUCCCUUCCACCUACUACUCUAUCACUGAGCUUCGUAAAGAUGUUGUAGAAGACGACCUUGCUGCUUCCAUCCCUGUUAUUGACUUCGCUCUCCUCACCUCCGACGACCCUCACGUCCACGCUAACACUGUUCAAGAUCUCGGCAGUGUCUGCAAAGAAUCGGGCUUCUUCAUGAUCAUAAAUCAUGGGAUUUCGAAGAAGCUGAUGAAGGAUCUACUGAACAUGUCCAUGGAGUUUCACAACUUGUCUUUUGAGGAGAAGAAGGAGCUUGCAAAUGAAGAACUGAUCACACCCAUUAGAUAUGGCACUAGUACUCUUCCUCAUGGAGAGAAAGUUCAUUAUUGGAGAGAUUAUCUUAAAGUUGAAACACAUCCUAACUUCAAUUUCCCUCACAAGCCUCCUGGUUUCUCCAAGCUUGCAUUCGAGUACAGUAGGAAAAUCAGGGAGGUGUUGAGGAUUUUGCUUCAAGGAGUAUCAGAGAGUUUAAGGUUACAACCCAAAGCCAUUAUUGAGUACACAGACUAUGAUUCAAGUUAUCAGACUUGUCAAGUCAACUUGUAUCCUCCAUGUCCUCAACCAGACCUCGUUUUAGCGUUGCCUCCACAUAAUGAUAAUGGCUUGAUGACACUUCUCGUUCAAAAUGACAUAAAUGGCCUUCAAGUCAUGCACGAUGGCAAAUGGGUCAAUGUCAACCCUCUUCCUAACUGCAUAAUUGUCAACAUUGGAGAUCAACUUGAGAGUAUGACAAAUGGAAGGUACAAGAGUAUUAGGCACAGAGCAGUGGCGAAUGAAAGACACACAAGGGUUACUUUUGCACUAGGUAAUGGUCCUUCACUAGAGAAUGAAACUGGUCCUGCACCUGAGUUACUUGAGAAGGAACAACCAAUUUAUAAGACAAUCAAGUACAAGGACUAUUUUGAAGUUCAACAUGAGGCCAGAAUUGCCAAUAAGAGAGGAUUGGAUAUCAUUCGUAUUAAUAAUUAAUUAUAAACUGAUGAUGUAAUAUUCUAUGGAUCUUAACUACGACUUGAGUUUUUGCAUGUCUAGGUAUAGCUUAUAUGCUUAUAGAUUUUGUGUGAUGGGGAGAUGAUGGAUUGAUAUUAAGUUGUGUUUGUUUUAAA